GCCGGCACCGAGCGGAGGCGGCCGCGGGAGCCGAGCGCCGCCGCCGCGCGCCCGCCGGACCAUGGGCCGCGCGGGGCCCUGGUGCCUGCUGCUGGCGGCCGGCUGCGCGCUGGCGCGGCCCCCGCAGCCCGGGCGGAGCGCGGUGCGCUGCCAGCCCGCCGGCGCCUGCUUCAGCGCCCACCUGGCCAACUGCUCCUACGGCGAGGCCCGCAGCGCCUGCGGCCGCGCCGGCGGCGCCCUGGCCUGGGUGGGCGGCGAGCCGGAGCUGCGGCUCGUCGCGGCGCUGCUGGCGGGGGUGGCCGGCGGCCCCGGCGCCUCGCUCUUCUGGCUGGGGCUGAGGCGCAACGCCUCCGCCUGCACCGACGCGGCCGACCCGCUCCGCGGCUUCUCGUGGGAGGCGGGCGGCGGCGCGGCCCCGCGGGACGUCCCGGCGGCGCUGGGCCGCUGGGCGAAGGAGCCGGUGCGGUCCUGCCUCGUCGCCCGCUGCGCCGGGCUGCUGGUGGCGCCGGGCGCCGACUGGGGCUGGAAGGAGCGGCCCUGCCGGCGGGAGAGCCAGGGCUACGUCUGUAAGUACCAGUACGAGGGGGCCUGCGCCGCCCUCAGCCCCGCCGGCGCCCUCGGCCUCGACUACCGCCUGCCCUUCGGGGAGCGCAGCGCCGAGCCCGGUCCCAGCCCGCCGGGCACCGUGCUCACCGUGGCGUGCCCGGGCACCCGCGGGGCGGUGCGGCUCACCUGCGAGCCGGGCCGCGGCGGCUUCGCCUGGCGGGGCGCCGAGGAGCCCGUCUGCCCCUGCCGCUUCGGCUACCUCCACCCCGGCACCGGCCGCUGCGCCGACGCCGCCGAGUGCCGCGACGCCGCCGGCCGCUUCGCCUGCGUCUGCGCCCCGAGCGGGCGGGACGGCGCGUCCUGCGCGGCCCCCGCCGCCUCCCGCGCUGCCCCCACCGCCGCGGGCGGCCGCCCCUCCACCCCGGCACCCGGCGGCUCCGCGGGGCCGCCCUCCGUCGUCGCCGCCGCCGAGGAGAAGACGGCGCCUCCGCCGCCCGCCCCCUCCUCGUCCUCCAACUACGUCUUCAUCCUGGUCACGGUCGCUGUGGUGGUGCUGGUGAUCCUGGUCAUGACCGUCUUGGGGGUCUUCAGGCUCUGCUUCAACAAGAAAUCCGCGGGCCGCGGGCACCAGGAGCCGCCGGCGGCCGGCAGCGAGGCGGAGGCGGCCCCCGCGGAGCAGCGCGGAGGCGCCGGCGGCGACUAGCCCGCCCGGCGCGGCGGCCCGGGGGGACGGCGGCCCCGGGCCCGCGGGGUCCCUCGAGGGGGCCGCUCCCGCCCCUCGCGGGGCUCCUCCGCGGCAGCUCUCCCUCGCCGGGCCGCUGCCUGCAGCCGCUCCGCGGCCGCGGGGCACCCGAGGAGGAGGAAAAGGCGUCGGGGGAUUUCUGCGGAGCAGGACUUGCCCUGGGGUGCGACGCCUCUACGAGUGCUUUCGGCAUCACGGCGGAGACUGUCAGACGCGAGGGCAUGUCGUGGGGCAUUUCCGUAAGCCACCUGCUUUUCAGGGAUUUCAAGUGUUCGCUCCAUCAAGAGUUUCUGGCAGUCCGAAAAGCAGAAGUAAGAUAUAGAGGAAGAGUCCUGACCUACAGAGUUACUGAUUACCUGCAGCUGCUACAGUCGUGGGUGCUUACCCUCUCCGAAAAGCUCUUCUUCGGGUGUCUUACUUCAAGCAACUGUAAAGUGGAACAUUUUGGCCACUCGUGCCUUAUAAUUUAGGAGUCACUCCUUGCCCGGGUGGCACUUGGAGGCUCUCAUUUUCUUCGGAAUUGCUGGAACAAUUGCUGGAGAUGUGAGCUGCUGUAAUUCUGGAGGGAACCAUGACCUGUACUCUUUCAGACUGACAUUCUUAUAAAUGAAGAGCAUUUCUGUGCUUAGAAGGUCAUUACAUUGCUAGGGGAGUGGGAGGUUAAUGGGGAGUCAGUUUUAUACUUCAGCUGAUGAAAAGAAUAAAGGAUGAUUUAAAAACCUAAAUCACUGCUCAG